CUGGUACAUUCUACUUGGUGCGGGAUUCUUCUCGAAUUCGGGGCCAACUAAACAAAACUGCGGGACCAGUUGACUGGUCACGUUGAUUGAUUGUUCUCUGCAACGAUCGUUAGUGUUCGUGGAUUGUCAUUCAGUGAGAUAUUGGGCAGAAUUAAACAUUCUGUAGCAAAAAUGUCUGGUGAAAAUAAUGAGGACACGCCCAGGCAGCCCCGUAAUUUACAGGGUUUGCUGAACUUCUGUACGCAGAUAACAGCUAGAGAGGACAAUACGCGUCCAACAGAUAUGUCUAUGAUGGAUCCUGAACGAAGACGAUUUCUUGAAGAAGCCCUGACAGGAAUGACAGUUGAUGUAGUAAAGAAACUAGCGGAAGCUGUGAAAACUCUGUUUGAAGAUGCAGUGACAAUUCCUGGAGAAAAUGUAGAAGAGCAAGAAGAAGCUUUGGAUACAAUCAGUGAAUAUGUUGAAGAUCUUAAUUAUGCAAAAGACCUUCAAAAAAUGGGAGGAUUUCCAGCACUUAUACGGUGUUUAGAUUCUCCACAUGAAUCCCUUCGCGCAAGUGCGGCCAAUGUCAUCGGUGAAGUGUGUCAAAACAAUUUGGAUUGUCAGUCUAGUAUGCUGGCUCUCAACCCAAUUCCAACAUUACUUCACAUGAUGGACAAUGACAGCAGUAAACAAGCAAAGGUUAAGGCUUUAUUUGCACUUUCAUGCCUUGUUCGAGGUUAUACUGAUGGGGAACGUAAAUUUUUAGAGCUGGAUGGUUUCUCUUACCUCAUGCGAGCAAUGCAGUCUGGAGAGGAGAAGUUGGUUGUAAAAUCUGCCUUUUUUCUGAAUAAUCUCAUUGACAAUGACAAUUUCCGGAAAGAUGCCAUUAUGUCAAUGGGCUAUGUUGAACAACUGCGGUACUCCAUCCUGAACAAUGAUGCCGUGGACAAUGUUUCUCGAAAAGAGCACUGCCACCCCAUGGUGCUUGCAACACUGGCUAUGUCAUACCCUCCAGCGCUCUCGGACUGCCUGAGACCAGAAUUCAAUUUACCCUGUUCUUUAAGAUCUCGACUUACAACUAUUAAAGGCAAAUCAGAGUUUGAGGACGAAGCUCGGCAUAUAACAAACCUACUUAAUGCAAUUGAAAGUGAAGAUGAAAACACUUGCAGAUAAUUAGUCAAGACUAGUGUCAACAAAAAAUAUCGCCUAGUUUAUAAGGUACAACAAUGUGUGUUAUAUUUUGACAGACUUGUACAGUUUACUGAAUCGAUUAGACUGGUGUGUGAAAAGUAAUUUGUGUUUAUAACAUCUUUGCGAAAGGCUGUGAAUGACGUCCAAGUGGUAUUCAUUGUUUGAAGUUUGUUAUUACAGAACAUCUAAUUUUCUUGUCUGUAGGCAUGCAUCAACAAAUAGCAUUAUGGUUUAUUGUGUUGAUGUAAGUUUGUACUGUAUGAUAAGGAUAAUUGCAAAGCAUAGGGGGCUUAGGCCUUGUUUCAAAGUUUUAAUGUUCAAUUUAAGGCAUAUUUUUUAUAUGCAGAAUAACUGUAUAUGGAUGCUGAGUUUUCAUUUGGUACUAAAUGUAGUGUUAGGUGAUAAGUAAAAUGUAGUUUUACUAAACCUCCGUGCCAGUUCUAGAUUUGAAAGGUACAUGUAUUGCCUAAAUUAAAGGAAACUUAAUUACAAUAGAUUAUUUACUUUCUGCAUCUAUCUUUUCACCUAAAAAUUUCUUUCAAAAUGUAACAGGUGGUAAUAAAUUUUAUGAAAUGCUUUUUCCUUACUUAAAAAAAAAUUAUUACUUAAAGCUUCACUUUUAUAUUUUCAUGGAAAUAUUUUGUUGCUUGAUGAUGUCUUGAUUACUGCUUUUAGUUUGGUAAUGAUUUUGAUACUGUAUACAAGUUAUACAUAUAUGUUUUAUUUAUAUGUUCAACAUUUCUUGUAAAUCAUAGACAUAGCAGUUGAUGUACAAAUAUCUGAACAACUUAGUCUUUUAAUUUUAAAGUAUUGUAUCAUUUCCU